GUUAGUGGAGAGCUGGUGAAAUAAGGAGCCCCACUACAUCGUUGGAUGGGUUUAAUCUGGGCCCUUGUUUUUUUUUUUUUUUUUUUUCUUUCAUUUCAAAUGCUUGGCUUUUUUUUUUUUUUUCCUGAAAUCACAUGGUUCGUUCUGAGUAAAGAUAAUGAGAGCAGAUGUUUCCCCUGAAACGAAACUUAACAACAAUCAAUCAUCAUGCAAUUACAAGAGUUUUGGAGGUUCACCUCAGCUGACCGAUAACACGCCACCCGAGGACUUCACGUGUGACUGGCAGAGAGAGCAUGAUGAGGAUACAGACCUCUGCCACCCUCCAAAUGAGAUUCCUUUGAGGCAGAUGGCCUCUGGUAGCCACAAAGUGUCUGACAAAAGCCACCACUUCAACAAAGAGACAGACAAAGAGUCGUUUCCCGGAGGACCCAGGGCUGGCUGUCUGUGGCAGGACACACUCAUUCCAGUCUAUGUGGCAUCUGUCACCUUUGCCAUAGGAGUUGCCCUUGUUUUGAUCCUGCAGAUUCACUUGAGGGAAAGUCCGGUCUUUAUAAAAGGUGUGCUGCUGUCGGACCACGAGCGCUGCACAGCUCUUGGUCAGAAGGUUCUUCGCGAUGGCGGUUCCAGUGUAGAUGCAGCCGUUGUUGCCACCCUCUGUUUAGGUGUUGUGAAUCCACAUGUGUCAGGUAUUGGUGGAGGAGGGCUGAUGCUGGUUCAUGAUAUCCAUAAAAAGGAAACCAGGGUGAUAAAUUUUCAGGAAACUGCACCUUAUGCACUCAAAGAGGAGAUGCUCCACAGUGACUUGGAGCUAAAGCCAGGUCUGCAAGUUGGAGUGCCAGGUAUGUUCAGAGGGUUACACCAAGCACACAAGCUCUACGGGAGAAUGUCAUGGGAGGAUGUGGUCACAAGAGCAGCUGAUGUAGCCAGAGAGGGUUUCAAUGUGUCUCGUGGUCUCGCUGAGGCCAUAGUGACGGUAAAAGAUGAGAAGCUAUCAGGACAUUUCAGGAGCAUGUUCUUCCCAGGCGGUCGAGCUCUGCUUCCUGGAUCAUUUGUGAAGAUACCCCGCCUUGCAGAAGUCAUGGAGGCGGGCCUUUCUGACUUCUACAAUGGGAGUCUAUCACAAGAGAUAGUGGAUGAGGUGCGAGCUCAUGGAGGGGUCCUGAGCAGAGAGGACAUCAGUAACUACAGUGCAGAAGUCGGGCCACCUCUGGAAGGCCUUUAUCGCGAAUUUAAAGUCCAAGUUCCUCCUCCUCCAUCUGUUGGUGCAGCCUUGAUAUCAGCCCUCAACAUUUUGGAGGGCCGCCAUGUCACUGAGAGCAAUCGCACGGCCGAUGACGCAUACCACUGGAUUGCUGAGUCUCUGAAAGCAGCUCUAGCCAUGGCCAGUGGUUUGGGUGACCCCGUGUAUGACUCCUCAGUCACUCAGUUGGUCUCUGAGAUGCUGAGUAAGAGUCAUGCUAAUGUGCUGCGCCAGAUGAUGAGCGACUCCCAUGCAGCUCCACCCGAGCACUACUCCACUCUGCACUCCCUCCAGGGGGAAAAAGUAGCCGGCCAGGUGGUGGUCAUGGGACCUGAUGACCUCACCGUGUCAGUGGCAAGCUCCUUGAGCAGGCCAUUUGGGAGCAGAAUCAUAACUCCCUCGGGCGUUCUCCUCAACAGCCACAUCCUUGGCUUCUCCUGGCCAAACAAAACCCAAGGGCCGCUCCAAACCAACCGGAGGAACAGCGUCCAGCCAGGGAAAAGGCCGCUGUCAUGUCUCAUGCCUGUGCUAGUGGUGCCAGCCUGGCAUACAUGUGGCACCUUUAUGGCACUAAGCAAUUCAGAUGGAGACCACAGUUUGAGUGGGAUUGCUCAGGUAUUGAUAAAAGCAUUGCCCUUCCAUACAAAGAUAAACAGCAGCCUCUUCCCUGGAAGACUCCAUCCCUGGCUUCAACCCAACACUCUUCUCGUUGACUCUGCCUUCCCGCAGGAGGACGUGCAGGCGCUACAUGUGAAGGGUCACAUUGUUCAAAGGGUGACGACGCUCUCUGUGGUCCACGCUAUCCAGAGGGAGAAUGAUAUAAUUAAGGCCAUCGAGGAUCUUCACUCAUCAGAUAGUUUUAUAUAAUAAUUCUAUUGCUGGCAUAAAUUUUGUUUUCCAUGUUUUUUUUGUUGCCCUCCAUAGUUGAAUGCCUCAGUGGUAUUAAUGACUGGCCAGCAGAGGGCACUCCCUAGACAAGUAAUUCUGCUUGAGAGAAGGUGCAUGUGAUCCAUGGGAUGUUUAAAAAGACUGAUUUAAAGAGUAAACUCAUUCUGCUUGAA